AUGCAAGGUAACCCUACUGCUCUUUUCUUGCAGAUGUCGGAAGACGCAGAUAACGUUGCAGUAGAAGAAAAUGUAGACAAGCGUAUCCCAAAAGUUUUGAAUGUAGAAGAAAAUCGAAACAUAAUAGAAAGUCUGAGAGGCAAAGUAAGAGAAAAGCUAAAAAAUGCCAAGAUUAAUCAAGGUGAAAAAUCGUCAACUCAACUGCUCAUUGAUAAUAAGAUAUAUCAGUGGUCUAAGCUUAACCCACAGGCUGAAGUUCCACUGGAUGAAGGUCUUUCAUUUUUCAUUCUGAGUGGUGAAGAAGACUCAGCUAUAGGCCAAUCUGCAGAGCAGAGAUCAGUAAAUGGUAGUCACCACAAACAUUUUUCACUUGGUGGUGAUUUACAGAACUUUGCUGAGGGCCAAGAUGAAGAUUUUGUGGAAGAAGUCAUUUUCCCAGAUUUACUUGAAGUAAAGGCUGCUGAUUAUAAAGAUGACCAAGAACAAAUAAAAAAACAACAGGCAAAUAUUUUUGUUCCAAGUAGUUCUCCAGUGAUCAACCAGCUUAAACUGCCAGAAGAUAUGAUGCCACGCAUUUUAGAAGAAGAAGGAUUCUAUAUUCAGAAAAAGCCAGAAAUAUAUAAAAAGACCUGCAACAAAAUGGAAAAUCGUCUGCUUAAACUAGAAGAGCUUAAAGCACUGACGGAUGCUACCAGAUUAGCAAAUGAAAAUUCGGAAAUAAGCCAGCUGACCAGAGAAUCUUUGCAGGAUUAUUAUUGGCAGAUAAGGUCUCCUGAGGAGCUGCUCACUAAUCACUGGGAAUUAACAGAAACUGGGAAAAAAUCCAGAAGUCAGUCAACUGCUUGA